AUGUCGAAUAUUUCAGACUCGAAUCCCAACAACCCUAACGAUAUGGCGCGGCAACAGCGACGCGGGUCAGUCACCUCAAGUGCCUUUACCAGCCUUUUCCGGGCCAACUCUAUUGCGCAGCCGCCAGCGGCAAGCUUUCCCACGCCCUUGGCGUCAACUAUCAACGACCCACGCCGGAGACUGUCUGUCACGACGGUUGGCCUGUCAGGCACCUCUCCUACCACAGCUUCCGCUCUCCUUCGCCGCGCCAGCAUGUCAACGAACUCGGAUUCAAUCGAUGAGAGUGCCAUUGAGGAAGACGACAGCGCCGGCAACCGCACCGCCCCCGUAACGCCCUUCAUCCGCCGCAUGAGCUUUGGUGCCGCCCAAGCUAUGCGGAGCGCAGGCCCUCGGGGUCCAAGCAGCCCCGGCACCAAUGGUAGGCCGUCCCCCGCCGUCCGCCGCAGCAGCGCUACCGUCCGCGGAAGUCCACCCACACCGCCGCUUCCCUCGGCCGGCGCUGGGAACUACACGUGGGGCAAGAUUGCUCCCCAGGCAAGCACUGCAAUCCAGUCCAGAGCAGGUUCUGACUUGUCUCCCCCUUCUGCUCGAUUAGACCAAGGCUUCAAUUGGUCCGAUCAGCUUAGGUCUCGUGCCGAGAGCACCGUCAACGCGGGCUCCCGCCCGCCGUUCUCAUUCCCCGCGAGCCUCGGUGCUUCGCCUCCUCGGGCUGCUCCGCCGCCGCCUCCUAUUAGCCCUCGGCACGACCGGGCCAAAUCCGUGUCAGACAUGCCUGCACCCCCGGCCCAGCAGCCCAAGCCUCGGGCGCCCCGGAAACCCGACCCCUUUCAGGAACGUAUCUUGAAGGGUGACUUUUACAUGGACUGA